AGGUUUGCGCUUUUCUUUGUCAAUAACCUAACGAUAUUUGACAGCCUACCUCGAAUAUGCCUCCUGCUCGAGAAUCGAUAUCCCAUCGCGGGGAUGAUGACGAGGUCUGCCCCGUCUGCAAAUCCUCGCGAUACCUGAACCCUGAUAUGCGCUUCCUCAUCAAUCCAGAAUGUUACCAUAAAAUGUGCGAGUCCUGCGUCGAUCGGAUCUUCUCUUCGGGUCCUGCAAAUUGUCCUGUGGCCGGGUGUCACAGGACCUUGCGCAAGCAGAAAUUCCGAACGCAGACGUUCGAGGAUAUCCAGGUGGAAAGGGAGGUCGAUAUAAGGCGAGAGGUUAUGCAGAUUCUCAACCGCCGCGAAGACGAGUUCGACUCCAAACGAGCGUGGGACGACUUUCUCGAACAGCGUGAGGAGAUCAUCGCGAAUCUGGUCCAUGGCACCGAUGUGGAAAAGACGAGAAAGGCUCUGGAGCAAUACCGCACGGAUAAUGUCGACUCCAUCAAAGCGAAUGAAAACCUCGCCAAGAUCGAAGCUACCUCUUUCCAGGAACAACAAUCCCACGAGCAAGAGUUGGCACGUAUGCGACGACAGGCAGUCAGGCAAGAGUACGAAAACGAGCGACGAGAGCUGCUGGAAGGGCGAGAAGACGUUCUUUCUCGUCUGGCGGCCGGUCAGCGGGGAGAUGCCGCGGCUAUCGCGCGAGAGGGUCGGAAGGUGUUGCUCAAGAAAUCCUCUGCCCGGCGUAGCGAGGAGGAGCGUAUCCGACAGAAACAGGCUGCUCUGCGCGGCUCCGAUCUCAAGAAAUCCGGAAAGGACCAAGUGGCUGCGGCUGCGGACGCGAAAGGCCCUGGACUUAUCAAGGGUCUCAAGAAAAUCAAAACGCCAGAGCCCGAAAAGCCCUACGAUCCGUUUGGUGGGCUGGUUCCCAACAAACGAGACUACUACACUUUACGAGACCAUUAUCCAUCCAGCUACCUGGAUCCCAUCAGACAGGAUACUCGUAUGCAGGCCGGUGGAUACGAUCUACGGGAAUACUAUUCCCGUACUCUGCUAGAAGCAUUUGCGGGACUUGGAUGUUUCAUCGAUGAAGAGGUACCAAAGCGUGACGCAUCGGACACACUGGAAGUUCCCAAGCCCUCCGCUACCGAAGGAGCUGCAGUGGCUGCAUCCUCAAACGCUCCCGUGAAGACCGAGUAGUACUAUGCUGAGACAUGGUCAUGGUUCGGAUGAUUUGACUGGCCAUCUCAAUACAAUAUCCAUAUAAACUCCGAUAUUGGUGGCUUCUCAAUUUUGUUUUGGUGUUUAGGUAGAUAGGACUUGCAUAGCGGAGGCGUUUAUAUUUUUGCAGGCACGAAGUUAGUUGUAUAUCUAGGUUAUCAUUUUCAGAACAUAACAUUGUUUCCCAAAAUCUGACACACUGGAACUCUUUAUCUGCUGUAUUGUCGCAAUUUGUUACGCAUUUUGGACCCUUGAGACGUGACUUCUGCCAAUGUUGAAGGCUUUUGCCUUUACAGAUCAAUCGCGCAGAUGCAACAACGGAAAAGGUACUUUCCUCCUAGAUUUCCGAAGGAACAGUCAUAUUCAUGUGGAGAAUACAACCUACGGGAAGAGGUAUACAAAAACCACCAAAGAAAUCUAAUUCAAAAAGUCCAAUACAUGGCUUGAACGGGAAAGUCCUUGACAUUGAUAAAACAAUAGGUAUACACAGCAAAAAGAAGGGGAAAAGUAAUCAAGCUCAAAAACUGGAGUAAUAUACAGUGAUACCACAGCACACCAUUUAAAUCUUGCCGCCCGUAAUCUGUUCUCCGAGUUGCUUGACUCUGUCCUGAAUGAGUUCCCAGCGACCCGACUCGCUCUUUCUACCCGCGUUGGCAAUGCCCUGGAGCGUGGAAGGAGAGCCAAGGUUCCAGAUGUUCUCACCCUGCUGGUGAUCAUUGCGCCACGCCUCGUUCUCUCCCUCGGGGAAGACCCGUUCGAUUUCAGCCGCAAGCUGGGCCUCGGUGGUGAUGAAGUUACGGGCAUUCAUAUACAAUGUUUGCAAAGAGUCAUCCCGUUCCGCCUGCCUCCGGGCAUUGUGGGCCUCGAAGCGUGCCCGAGAGAGCGCAAGUCGUUCUUCUCGGGUCGGGUCAGGCAGGACGGCGUUGCGGUUGGAAAGCAUCUCCUGGAUGACAGAAGGGCGAGUCAAUUGCUCAUCCAGUCUGUCCGGCUGGUCCAGGACAGCCUGUCGCUGGAUCUGCUUUUCCGCACUCUCCUGCGCAAUGCGCUUCUCUGUUUGCUUCUUCCGGCGGUGCAGUUCCGUAAGACCUUGUCGGAGGUUCUUCCGUCUCAUCUCGGCCAUGCGUCUCUUCCAGCCGAGGUAUUGGGCGUGGGGAUCAUUCGGGUCGAUUUGGACCUCCUUAGAAGGAAGGGGAGUAGCGGCAUCGAGAUACGCCUUGGUCGGUUUGUCUGCUCGGCGGGCCGGGAACAGAUCUCGAGGCACAGGAAGCGUACCCUUGACACGGCGGUCGACAAUUUCACCCUCCUGGAUGACCUGAGGGAUAUCGAUGUAUUUAGGUGAUUCGGGACCGGAUCGAAGAGAGGAGGACGAGGAGAAGCCACGGACCUGCACGGCGGCAGUCCGGCAGUUGCGGAGGAGAGACAUCAUGAACAACCGUCGUUACCUCCUCGAAUGGCGGGAGGUUCAAUUCAAGUGCGAAGGAAAAUGCAGGGAAGGAGAAUUUCCGAAUAAACGGAAAGAUACACUUCUUCUUGACGGGCACAGGUUGGGAUUUGCGGAGCACCUGUUGGAAACGCGGGUUCUGUUGCG